AUGGCGCAAGCAAGCCCUGCUCCUCCGCCUUCGUCCUCUUCUUUCCCCCCCGAGUUGGAGAGCCUGCUGAAUGCGCUGGAGCCUGCGCGGCGCGCGGUUGUCACUCAGCGUCUCGAAGACUGGCUGAGCAGCGCCGAAGAGGGAAAGAAAAUCUCUCAGACUCUGACAGAGAGCGGUGCUUCAGACUCCGCAGCAGUUGUGGCGCGUCUCCAGCCUCUCUACCUCGCCGUUUUCGCGUGGAUUUCUCAGCUGCUGGAGAAAAGAGGGAAGGCGAGCGGUCAAGAAGGAAACGAAGCCGGACCGCUCCUCGUUGCUCUCUCUGCGCCACAGGGGAGCGGCAGCAAGGCUCUUGCGGAUGCACUGAAGUUCCUCUUUGCCGCGGAAGGCAGUGAGACGCUCGCUAUCUCUCUGGACUCCUUCUACGCGCUGGCGGGAAAGCAAGAGAAACUCGCGCAGAAACACUCGGAAAAUCCUCUUGUGCAGUAUCCAGGGAACCCUGGGACGCAUGAGCCUCUCUUGGCUGCAUGCGUCCUCGAGAGCCUGAAGCGCAACUCUCCAAACGGAGAAGUCCUAAUGCCCGUCUACGACAAGUCGCUGAAUGGUGGCAAGGGCGAUCGCCUCUGCGUGAAGGACUGGCAGAAGAUAAAGACAGGAAAUAUCAAGUUGAUCAUCUUCGAAGGGUGGAUGCUGGGCUUCAAAGCUGCGGCGGAGGCAAACGAGGAGGCUUUCCCCAGCCUUACAAAAGAAGAAGUAGAAUGGAUGAAACCGAUCAACAAGUCUUUGAAGGAGUACGAAGCACUUCAUGCUCUCGUCGACGCAUGGAUUGUCUUUCAGGCCGACGCGCUCGAUCGUCUGUUCGACUGGCGUUGCGAGGAAGAAAAAGCACACAAGCAGGUGUCCGGCGAGGGCAAGACGGCCGAAGAGGUUCGCGCGUCUGUGGAAAAGUUCCUGCCGACCUACAAAGCCUACUUGCCGCGGAUGAGCGCGCGAGGCCCCGACGGCGCGACUGGCGAGACGCCCGUGCUGGAAGUCUUCCUCGAUGCAGCGCGGGAUGCCGCGAAGGCAAGCGUGAAGCUUGCUUAA